GAUCUCUGGGCCUUGUUUUCUCUUUUCUUAAGGAGCUGGGUGGUGGCCAGCUUUGAGAGUCUGUGACAAGCUGCUGAAAGGCCCAGAAGGCCCACCCAGACAGUGCCGUCCACACAUGGUCUUUCAGACCCUGGUGGGCUCAGAGAUGCUGAGUCACUUCCCCGAGGACAUCCAGUGGGCGAGCAACAGAGCAGAAUCUUAGUGUGGAGCCUCAGUGUGGUUCGAAGAAGGAAAGACUGGGGUCCCCCAAAGACGGUGUGCUGAGCUCACUAUUCCAUGGGGCCUCCUGGAGGGGGCAGGGCACUACUUCCUGGGGUACCCCACCUGCUCUGGGGCCCUCUUCACCCUGGCUUCGCUAAGAGGGGAUUGCACGGGCCCUUCCAGCCCCGGGCGCGGUGGGUUUAUCCCUGAAUCUUACCAGGGCCCGGACCGACCCUGCAACUUCCUCACCACAGGUCCUGGGUCACAGCUGUGAGCACACCUGGUGCCAGCUCCCCUCCCCACUGUCAUCCCCCAUGCUGGGGGUCUCAUCAGUCCAGGUGACGUCCUUAGAUAGCCCAAAUGAUUCUCUUGGGACCCCGGAAAUUAGGGGAAGGAGGGCCCUGGCUGCUGCCACCGGCCCCCAACGGAGGUCAGUCCACUGGGGAAACCUCUUCUCUGCCCGAUCCAUCCAACCAAAGCCCAGGACUUCUGUCCCUUCUCUGGGUUAGACCAGGACCAACCUCAUCCAAUCAGGACCGCAUCCCCAGGGGACAGGGCAGGCCAGGGGUCCCACCCCCACUCCCGUGUCCCCCAGCAAUCGGCACAGGGCCAAGCAAGGGGAGCCAUCAGGAAGCCCAACCACAGAGUCAGCUCAGGUUGCUGGCCAGCCCAGCAGCAGCCGAGAUUUCUGGCUGGGCAGGGGCUGGUGACGCAGCUACCGUGGCCAUGACCGAUCGAGUUUCCACUUGGACAGGCCCCAGGCCCUGCAGCUGGAGGAGCAGCGCCAGCCAUGGAGUGCCCCGCGUGGAGCCCUGUGGGGGUGCCCCACGGCCAGGCAGGGAUGCUGAGCACAGCCACAGACCCAGGUUUGGCCAUUGCCCACCAGCAGGCAGGGUGGUGGUCGCGUCACUGUGUGCAGUGAACUGCAAGACCAAGCCCCGUGGCCGCUGGUCUCAGUUUGUGAGUCUGAGAAAUGGGGAGAUUCCGGCUAGGCUGGCAGGGGUGAGGUCUGUCUCGGGGAUCGCACCUGCUUUCCGUAGGGUGUUGCUGAAAACAGUGCCUAGGGCCGUCCCACUCUGGAAGCGCCUGGCUGGUUGGUGCUGGUGUGUUGGACGGGAGAGCAGCGUGAUCCCCGAGGUUUGGCUCCUGGCUGUGCCCUUGCUAUGUGAUCCCAGCUGGGUUGAUAGCAGAAGGAGGAAAUCACAGCAGGCUUCCUGGAGGGGGCAUCCCAACGAACUGGCCCAGAGGCAUAGGAAAAGUUGGGCUGGGGGCACAGGAAACCCAAGCCCAGUCCCUCAGAAAUCCUGAGGUCCAGAAUAUCCUUUUGAGAAUGUCCUGGGAGCAGGGGAGGACGGCAGGGGGAAAAGGUGGCACAGACUGCGGCUUGGGACCUCAGGAGCCAUGGCUGUGUGACCAUAGGCUGGUGGCUAUUCUCUCUGGACCCCAGGACAUAAGCCCAGGAGAUAAGGGAAGUGGGACCCAAGAACUCAAACUCUGGAACAGCCUUUAGACCCAGUCCCUGGGCACACUCCAGGGGACACUUUACCAGGGAGGGGCAGCGUGAAACUCCCCAGGACCCUGAGCCUAGUGUCCUUUGUGUUGGACUCCAGUCCUGCCUCCGUUUCCUCAUCUG